AUGAAGUUUGUAGGUGAUACCUUUGCUGAUAUUGGAGACAGAAACUACUUAAAAGGCUUUCCAGGUGACUUUGGAGACAGAGGCUCUGCUGGUCUCGAUGGCAGUCCUGGACUUGUAGGUGGCAUUGGUCCUCCAGGAUUUCCAGGACUUAGAGGCAGUGUCGGCCCUUCAGGACCAGUUGGACCUUCCGGAAUUCCUGGCCCAGUGGUAUGGUUUCAUUUGCAUCAUGGACAUUCCCCCUUUAAUUUCUUCAUGAUGUCACAAAAUGUCAUCUUUCUUUUAGGGCCUUUCAGGGAAAAAGGGACUACCUGGAAUCAAAGGGUGAACAAGGCAUUGCAGGAGAGCCGGGAGAACCAGGGUAUCCUGGAGAUAAGAUUUGAUAUCAGUAGUCAUAUUGUGUCCUUUUUUCAUGUUGAUACCUCAAUAGGCCAGCCAGGUGACCCAGGACCCCAGGGACCAUCUGGCCUUCCAGGACCAGAGGGUUUUCCAGGAGAUAUUGGGAUUCCUGGGCAAAAUGGCCCCGAAGGACCAAAGGGACAUCUUGGAAAUAGAGGGCCUCCUGGACCUCCUGGCAUCAAAGGAGCUCAGGGAGAAGAAGGACCAAUUGGACCCUUUGGAGAACUGGGGCCAAGAGGAAAACCAGGCCGAAAGGGGUAUGUUGGUGAACCAGGACCAGAUGGCUUAAAGGGACCUGUUGGUUUGCCUGGAGAAGUAGGAAUAACCGGAAGCACUGGUGAGAAGGGAGAGCGUGGAAGUCCAGGCCCACUGGGUCCCCAGGGGGAAAAGGGCGUAAUGGGAUAUCCAGGUCCUCCUGGAGUUCCAGGGCCCAUGGGUCCAUUAGGAUUACCUGGUCAUGUGGGAGCAAGAGGACCACCUGGGAGUCAAGGUGCUAAAGGACAAAGAGGCCCAAGAGGACCAGAUGGUCUCCAAGGGGAACAAGGUAUACAAGGUGCCAAGGGUGAAAAAGGAAAUCAAGGAAAAAGAGGGCCUCAUGGUCUUAUUGGUAAGACUGGAAACCCUGGAGAGAGAGGAGUACAAGGGAAGCCAGGUUUACAGGGACCCCCUGGCAGUGCAGGAGACAGGGGAGUUGCAGGAGAGCCAGGGCCACGAGGUCUGCAAGGUGAUGCUGGACCUCCUGGAGAAAUGGGUGUUGAGGGACCUUCAGGCAUUGAAGGAGAACCUGGUCUGCAAGGUGAACCAGGUGCUAAGGGAGAUGUUGGACCCGUGGGCAGUGUUGGAGGACCUGGGGAGCCAGGGUUACGAGGUGAACCAGGAGCUCCUGGAGAAGAAGGUCUCCAAGGAAAAGAUGGAUUAAAGGGGACGCUAGGAGGAAGAGGACUUCCUGGAGAGGAUGGAGAAAAAGGAGAGAUGGGCUUGCCAGGAACUAUAGGGUUCUUGGGUAGACCAGGUCGAAUGGGCCUUCCAGGACCAGAAGGAAUUUUGGGAACUCCAGGACAAAGAGGUCAUCCAGGAAAAAAGGGUGACAAAGGACAAAUUGGACCCACAGGAGAUGUUGGAGAAAGAGGCACUCCUGGACAAGUUGGAGAACACGGUCCUAAGGGUGCCAGAGGAACUAGAGGUGCUGUGGGUUCUGUAGGACUGAUGGGUCCUGAUGGAGAACCAGGAAUUCCAGGAUAUAGGGGCCAUAAAGGUCAACCAGGACUCUCAGGGUUGCCUGGACCUAAGGGAGAAAAAGGUUACCCAGGAGAAGAUAGCAAAAUCCUAGGACCACCUGGGCCUCGAGGUGAACCAGGCCCAGUGGGGGACCAAGGAGAGAGAGGAGAGCCUGGAGCAGAAGGCUAUAAGGGCCAUGCAGGUGUACCAGGACUAAGAGGUGCCUCUGGCCAACAAGGGCCCCCAGGUGAACCAGGUGACCAAGGCGAACAAGGACUAAAAGGAGAGAGAGGAUCUGAAGGCCCUGUGGGGAAAAAAGGAGCUCCUGGUCCUUCUGGGAAACCUGGCAUUCCUGGACUUCUAGGCCUUCCUGGGCCAAAAGGCAUGCCAGGAUACCACGGAGCAGAUGGCAUUUCAGGAAAUCCUGGAAAAAUUGGGCUACCAGGAAAACAGGGACUUCCUGGCAUCAAAGGCAGCCCAGGAAGAACAGGACUGACUGGAUCUCCAGGUGCUCGAGGAGGAAAGGGCUCAUCAGGUCUGCCAGGAAGCUCUGGAGUUCCAGGCCCAAAGGGUGAACAAGGGCCACCUGGUCAACCUGGAGUUCAAGGUAAAAGAGGUCAUGGAGGAGCACAAGGUGACCAAGGACCACGUGGAGAGCCUGGUCUGAAAGGGCAGUCUGGAGAACAUGGUGACCAAGGGUUCACAGGCUUCCAAGGAUCCCCAGGCCCCAGAGGUCCUGAGGGAGAUGCUGGCAUUGCUGGACUAUCAGGUCCGAAAGGUCCUAUGGGACAGAGAGGAAACACUGGCCCUCUUGGCAGAGAAGGCAUAAUCGGCCCAUCAGGUAGAAUUGGACCCAGAGGUGAAAAAGGCUUCAGAGGUGAAACUAAACAAAUGGAUAUCAAUGCUGCUAUUCAAGCCUUGAUUGAAUCAAAUGCUGCCCUGCAGAUGGAGAGCUACCAGAAUACUGAAGUGACUUUAAUCGACCACAGUGCAGAGAUAUUCAAAACACUGAGCUACCUUACUAAUUUACUGCAUAGCAUUAAGAAUCCUCUUGGCACACGAGAUAACCCAGCACGAAUCUGCAAAGAUUUGCUCAACUGUGAACACAAAGUCUCAGAUGGAAAAUACUGGAUUGACCCAAAUCUUGGAUGCCCUUCAGAUGCCAUUGAGGUUUUCUGCAAUUUUAGUGCUGGUGGCCAGACAUGUUUAUCUCCUAUUUCUGUGACAAGGUUGGAGUUUGGAGUUGGGAAAGUCCAGAUGAACUUCCUUCAUUUACUGAGCUCAGAAGCCACCCAUGUCAUCACCAUUCACUGUCUCAACACCCCAAGGUGGACAAAUGCACAAACAAAAGGCCCAGGAUUAUCCAUUGGUUUUAAAGGAUGGAAUGGUCAGAUUUUUGAAGAAAAUACUCUACUUGAACCUGAAGUGCUUUCAGAUGACUGCAAGAUUCAGGAUGGCAGCUGGCAUAAGGCUAAAUUCCUUUUCCAUACCCAGGACCCUAAUCAACUUCCAGUGGUUGAAAUACAAAAACUUCCUCAUCUCAAAACUGAACGAAAGUAUCACAUUGAAAGCAGUUCUGUAUGCUUUCUCUAA